AUGGGUUCUGGUGCAAACAUUCAUAUACCCCCUGUUGCCCCCCCAGAACCAGGUCCUCUCUACUCAGAUUUCUUCCAACAACAGAUUGCAAAGCAACGAAACAACAACUAUCACUCGACUUCACUAAGAACAAUGGUUGCUACAUCUGUUAAUCGUACUGCCCUGCACCCUGGUGGUGUUCAGCCUGGCAAGGGUCACACUGAACUUGAAGAAGAACUUCACGAACACGCCCACAUUGACUACGAGCGCGUUGCUAUUAUUGCCAACCCUUCAGUCGCUGCCCUCUAUGAAGAUGCUCUUGUCUACGAAACUGGUACCGCUAUCACAUCAAGCGGUGCUCUCACAGCCUACUCUGGCGCCAAAACUGGUCGCUCGCCUUCAGACAAGCGUGUCGUGAAGGAGGAGUCCUCAGAAAAGGACGUCUGGUGGGGACCCGUCAACAAGCCCAUGACCCCUGAUGUCUGGCGUAUUAACCGUGAGCGUGCUGUUGACUACCUCAACACCCGAAACCGCAUCUACGUUAUCGAUGGAUUCGCUGGCUGGGAUGAGCGCUACCGUAUCAGCGUCCGUGUUGUCUGCGCGCGCGCCUACCAUGCUCUCUUCAUGCGCAACAUGCUUAUCCGUCCCUCACCCGAGGAGCUCCAGCACUUCCACCCCGACUACGUGAUCUACAACGCCGGCUCUUUCCCCGCCAACCGCUUCACAGAGGGUAUGACCUCUGCUACCUCAGUCGCCAUCAACUUCGCCGAGAAGGAGAUGGUUAUCCUUGGUACUGAGUACGCUGGUGAGAUGAAGAAGGGUGUCUUCACCAUUCUCUUCUACGAGAUGCCCGUUAAGCACAACGUUUUGACUCUGCACUCCUCUGCCAACGAGGGUCAGGGCGGUGAUGUGACCGUGUUCUUCGGUCUGUCCGGAACUGGAAAGACUACUCUCUCCGCUGACCCCAAGCGUGCUCUGAUCGGUGACGAUGAGCACUGCUGGACCGACCGUGGUGUCUUCAACAUUGAGGGUGGCUGCUAUGCCAAGUGCAUCGGACUUUCCGCCGAAAAGGAACCCGAUAUUUUCAACGCCAUCCGUUUCGGUUCCGUUCUCGAGAACGUCGUUUUCGACCCCAUCAGCCGUGUUGUCAACUACGACGACUCCACCCUCACUGAGAACACCCGCUGCGCCUACCCCAUCGAGUACAUCGAGAACGCCAAGGUCCCCUGCUUGUCCGACAACCACCCCACAAACAUCAUCCUCCUCACCUGCGACGCUCGUGGUGUUCUCCCCCCCAUCUCCAAGCUCACCACUGAGCAAACCAUGUUCCACUUCAUCUCCGGUUAUACCUCCAAGAUGGCCGGUACUGAGGAUGGUGUAACAGAACCCCAAGCCACCUUCUCCUCCUGCUUCGCCCAGCCCUUCCUUGCCCUGCACCCCAUGCGCUACGCCCGCAUGCUUGCGGACAAGAUCUCCCAGCACAAGGCUAACGCCUGGCUCCUCAACACCGGUUGGGUCGGUGCUGGCGCCACCACUGGCGGCAAGCGUUGCCCUCUGAAGUACACCCGUGCCAUCCUCGACGCCAUCCACAACGGCGAGCUCGCCAAUGCCGAGUACGAGACCUAUGACGUCUUCAACCUCCACGUUCCCAAGAACUGCACUGGCGUCCCCGAUGAGCUGCUCAACCCCAAGAACAGCUGGACCGCCACAACCGGCUUCUCCGAUGAGGUCAACAAGCUCGGCAAGCUCUUCAACGAGAACUUCCAAAAGUACGCUGAUCAAGCCACCAAGGAAGUCAUCGAGGCCGGUCCUGUUGUCCAACAGUAG